AUGAACGAGCUAUACAUACGCCUCCCUGGGUACCACCGGGUCCGCCAUGGCCACCGUGACCGCCGUGUCCACCCUGCUGUCCACCAGGACUGCCAAAGCCUCCAGGACAACCGUUGUGUUGGGGACCAUCCUGCUGCUGUCCUUGGAAUCCACCCUGGGGUCCUCCAAAUCCAGGGCCACCGGGACCACCAGGGCCGCCGUUGUGUUGGGGACCACCCUGUUGCUGUCCCUGGAAUCCGCCCUGAGGUCCACCGGGACCGUGCUGGUGACCGUGCUGGUGACCGUGCUGGUGACCACCCUCGUGGUUCUUGUGCUCGUCGUGCUUAUCGUGGUGGUGACUGA